AUGUAUGAAUACAACGACGAAGAUGGAGGGAUUCAGUUUCAACCCUACGACGACGAACUCAUCAACGAAUAUUUAAUCCCCAAAUUGGAAGGUAAACCGCGUAGAGAGAUCACUAUGAAGGAUGUUUACUCAAAGGAGCCAUGGUUGCUGGACCAUCCCAUGGGUUCGUUUUUCAAGAAGAACGAAUGGUACUACCUUGUGACAAGGACUCAACUCGCCAAAAAGAACAUUGGUUGUGGUCAGAAAGCGAAACGGAAGAUCACCCGAGACGACGAUAGUGGGUCCUGGAAGGCUAAUUCGAAAGACGAUAUCACGGACAAUGAAAAAAAGAUGGUCAUUGGUGAAAAGCAAACCUUAGCUUUUGUUAAAAGCAAAGUUAAUAACAAGAAGCAGAAGAGCGGAGACGGUACUUCUUGUAAUGUAUCACGAGACAGCGAGAGCUGGAUUAUGACAGAAUAUAUGCUUCCGGAAGAAAAAGAUAAGUUUCAUGAACUGGUCAUAUGCAAGAUUCAUGUGAUCAAGAAUUCCAAGAAGAAGGAUGAUGAUCAUAAUGAAGCUUUGAAUGUUUCGAGUUUGCCUAUGGAAGAAGAUGAUGGUAUUCUGAAUUACGAUGCGCAGUUCAUUUAUCAGGACUUGCUUGAAUCAGUAUGCUACCCUCCGCCCCCUCCCCCAAGAAAGCUCUAA